AUGACCGUCUUCGGCACGCUCUUCUCCCCCUUCUCCUCCUUCAUGUACCUACCCGCCAUCACGCCCAUCGCAAACGACUACGGCCGCUCCCUUGGUGAGCUCAACCUAAGCGUGACCGUCUACCAGAUCAUGCAGGCCGUGGCGCCGCUCUUCUUCGGCGACCUCAGCGACCAGGUGGGACGCCGGCCAGUCUACAUGCUCACGUUUGCCAUCUACCUCGGCGCCAAUGUCGGCCUGGCGCUGCAGAACAGCUACGCGGCGCUCAUGGUGCUCAGGGCUUUGCAGAGCACUGGCAGUAGCGCGACCGUUGCCAUUGGGAGUGCCGUCGUGGCGGACCUGACGACGAGUGCGGAGAGGGGCGGAUACAUUACUGCUGUUCAGGCGAGCGUGCAGUUUGCGCCGGCCUUGGCUCCCGUCUUGGGGGGCAUCUUGACCCAGUUCCUGGGCUGGCGGUCGACGUUUUGGUUCCUUGUCAUCUCUGCCGGCGUCUUUCUCGCCAUCUAUCUGCCGUUUGUGCCCGAGACGGCUCGCAACAUUGUUGGCAACGGGUCGAUCCCUCCACCCAAGUUCAAUGCCUGCUUGACAUCCCGUGCAAGACGCCGGCGUAAAGACCAAGACCCGGAGUCGAGCGCGGAAGCAUCACAAGCCGCCAACAAAGCUGAGAAAUCAAAGUUUAGAAUUCCAGAUGUCGGGCUGCUCAUGCUCUUCAUGUCCCUCUUCGUCAUGGCCAACUACGCUAUGCUCGUCCCGCUACAAGACGUCAUCCGUCGGCGAUACCGCUUCAACGACCUCCAGGUCGGGCUCUGCUACAUCCCAUUCUCGGUAGGGUCCGUCAUUGGCUCUGUCGCUGUGGGAAAGCUGCUCAACUGGAACUACGCACGGGUUGCCAGGUCGAUGGGCAUCUCGCCGGACCGGAAGAGAGGCGAAGAAUUGAGGCACUUUCCCAUUGAGAGGGCGAGGUUGGACCUCAUGUGGCCCUGGACGAUGCUUGCCGUGGCCACCAUGGCCGUAUGGGGCUGGGUGGUCGACUCAGGGACCAGCCUUGCCGCGCCACUGGUCAUUCUGUUCCUGGCAGGCAUGGGCUUGAGCGGGCCCGUUUCUAUACUCACGACGCUGCUGGUCGAUCUCUAUCCCAUGAAUCCCGGGAGGGUCUCGUCGUCAUUUAACCUGACGCGGGCAACACUGAGCGCUGUGGGAACCGCCGUUGUGCAGUACAUCAUCGACGCCUGGGGCUACGGCUUCACCUAUCUAUUCAUGGCCCUUGUUGUGCUCGCAGCGUGCCCCAGUGUGGCCGUGGUGAGGAAAUGGGGCCCGAAGUGGAGAGAAGAGAGAUACCGGCGCUUUGAGCAGACGUGA